AUCUAGAUUUCUUUCCUAAAGUAAAAUUCGAACAAAGAAGAGAGGCAAAGAAAGGGGGUAGAUGAUUCAACCUCUUAGGAUGUCUGAAGCAGUCAAACCAUCAGAUGUUCCUCCCGAGGAGCAGAAGAGGGAAGGAGAAAUACAACUUGAAAUGGCUCAGGAAAAAAGCGCGACAGAGACAAGUGACAUAGAGCCAAAGAAAGUAGAUGAUGCUACGGCGAAGGUAGAAGAGAUACCUGAAGCAAUUGAAAUAAAAACAGAAAAGGAUGCCACACCAAGUGCUACUCAGGAGGCGACAGCAGCAGUGGAAAGUGAUGCAGGAAAGAUACUCAAUGCUGGUCCAAGCAUCAAGAUUGAACCAGGUAUUUUGGGUGACAAUGCAGGGGACAUACAAGGGAAGGAAGCUGAAGGAGACCACGUCAAGCUGGACAAAGAAGUGCCUACUGAAAACAUCUCUGAAGAAAGUGCUGUACCUGCUUUGCCAAAGAGUUCCACUGAUGAGACUACUUUAGUUCCAAAUGUAAAGGUUCCUUUAGGUGAAAAGGUUGAAACUACUAUGAAAACAGACACAAGUGGUGCUGACAUUGAAUCUUUAAAAGAUAAGGAAGAACUGAAAAGCAACGAUGCACCUUCUUCCAAUGUUGAGCUAUCAGGAUCAACCACAGAAAAUAUGGACAUUGCUUCAUCAGACCCUCCCCCAUCUAGUGUGAAAUCAACACCAGCAGUCCCUCCCUCAUCUAGUGUAGAAUCGAAACCAGCAGUCCCUCCCCCGUCUAGUGUGAAAUCAACAUCAGCAGUCCCUCCCCCAUCUAGCGUAGGAUCAACACCAGCAGUCAGUACCAACAGUGAAAUAAAAACUGAUAUAGUCCCAAUAUCAGAUGUAAAAGAACAGACGAUAUCAACAGCUGAAACCACAAUUAGCCGUGAAAUCAAGAAAGAAUCUGGUUUAAUAACUGAUACACAAAGGGCAACUUUUGAAGAUUCUGCAUCCAACAUAAGUGACAAAAUGGAAAUUGAUAGUGAAAGUAAAUCUUUGACGGAUAUUUCUAAGGACAAUGUGCAAAAUGAAGAGACUUUGGCGCAAGGUAACGUGCAGAAGACAAACCUUCCCAGUGAUGUUGGAGUGCAGAAUAGAGAGACGCAUGAUGCAAAUGGUGAGCAAAAACCAGAGACUACAUCAUUACAUAGCUACAUACCGGUACAACAGAAGGAGUCAGUCACCAUGGAUAUUACACAAAAGAACCAGAACAAGGCUGUGCAUGAAAUUAUUGCAGAGCAGAGCAGUAGAUUGGACAGGGAAAUGAUUGUUUCAACACCAGUACCUUUAGACAGACCAAGUCUUGUUCAAUCAUCAGUUCCCCCAAUUGAAGAAGACAUUCCAACCACGGUUCCAUCUGCUGUGCGAACCCCUGUUCCAUCUGCUGUGCAAACCCCGGUUCCAUCUGCUGUGCGAACUCCUGUUCCAUCUGCUGUCCAAACCCCGGUUCCAUCUGCUGUGCAAACCCCUGUUCCAUCUGCUGUGCAAACCCCGGUUCCAUCUGCUGCGCAAACCCCUGUUCCAGCAACACUUCCUUCAGAGAAAGAGAGUGCUGUUUCUAUACCGGUCCCUGCAGAGAGGUCAGAACCUGUCGCUCAUCCAGAUUUGGCAGUACCUGUUACUAAGUCUGAUCCCAAGACUGAGGUACAGGAAUCUCUGGAUGAUUGGGAUAUACCAGCCACUGACGAUGAGGAAGAGGAUGAAGAAAACCAAGCAGCAGAUGGCAUUGAGAAGAAGAAGAGGAAGGUUGUGAAGAGAGGCUACUGGGAGCCUCCUAUCGAUGUGAUCGUGGAUCUUUAUAAGAAGCUUGACCAGGAUGGGAUCCUGGAGCUGAGCUGGAAGUGCCCUGGAAGGAGACCUCCGAGUGAGGAAGGAGACAAGGAGGAGGAGAAGGAGGAGAUGGAAGAUGUACAGGAUGAGGAGGCAAUGGAGAUAUCUCAGGAGGAAGAUCCUACAGAGUUUGAUUUUGACAUGGAUAUAGAACUGGAUUCAUCAGUACAGAAGAAGAUGACACCGAGAAGAAACAUUGGAGGUGGACAAGCCCAAGGUAGUGGUAAGAAGAGAGUGGCCAGGAUGGACAAGGUCCUCAAUGAUAUCUUCAGACAUCGUAAGAUUGACACCUCCCUGACCGAUGCCCAGAAGAAAGAUGGUCAGGAAGACAAGGAAUCUGACCAAGCAAUGGAUACCACAGUAUCGCCCAUUCUCGGACUCAACAGACCUUCGGAUAAAUUUCACAUUCGCAGUGAUCUGAAUGGGUGAUUAAAGUAUGUAGGCAGCAAAGAUAUAAUGGAGAUUAAUUUAUUUAGACAUGGCAAGAUUGAGAACUUCAUAGUAGAUGCCAAGAUAAAAUAGAUAGGAAGGGGAAGGAAUCUGACUCAUUGAUGCAUACUACACCCCCCCCCCCCCCCACCCAUCCUUGCACCCAACAGAUCUUACAAUAAAUUCAACAUUCUCAGUGAUCUUUAAUUUGUGAUUAACGUUGUGGUAGCAAAGAUAUGAGGCAGUGAGUUUUAUGAGCUGUGACAAGAGUGAUAGGGGGACGACAAUGGAACUUGCCAGGCCACGAACACUACAACCUUUUCCUUCCUCCUACCCAGUACAUUGGCUAAUAAAUUUCACACUUGCAGUGACCUCCUUAAGUGAUAAGUGAUGUACAAGAUUAUUUGUUUUGACAGCAAUGUGUUAUGAUGAAUAUCAAUCAUCAAAUUUCAUGUUUUUAAUCUGAGUAUCGAUUUGACCUGCUUCUGUGAUAUUUUAAAGCAAAGUUGUUAUGCCUCUGCCACUGAAGGCAGUGCCGGAGGCAUUGAUUCUGCUAAUUGAAUAACAUAAGUUAAACUUGUUGAGUUAAAAAUAAAACUUAGUGUACCGGUAUUAAAUGUCUGUCACAGAAUCAUUAUAUAUUUACUCUCAUGUAGCUGUUUACAAUUUUGGGAUGUAAUGUGGGCUAAAGUAUUGGACAAUUUUUUGAGAAAGCAAAUUUAUUAAAAAUGCUGAUUUCAAGAAUGACCAAUUUACUCAUUUUCUGAGACACCAUAGGCCUACCGUUAUGACUGUGUGAAGCACAAAUAGUUGAGAGAACUCUUAUUGAUUUUUAUGUUUCCAUUCAAUUCAAUUCUCCAUGAUCUUUGGGAGUUCCUGCCUCGAUAGACAAGUAUCUUUAUCUUACUGAUCCAUGUAAGUCUUUGCUGGGUGACCUGUGGUGUGUUUGCCCCUUGAAGACUCGCAGAAGAACAUUUGUGAAAUUAUUUCACUCUUGCUCCUCUAGCAAUAACCACAAAAGUGAGGCGGCGUUCUCUCAGUCUGACCGAAAUUGGUGUAAUAUCUCUCUACAACUCCAUAUUUAUCAUACGUUCUGCAACAUUUAAACUUUUACAAUACGUAAUAAUGCUGGAGAUUCGUGUAUUGUGGCUGCAGGGAUCAAUGCUCUCUAAAAACAUUCCAUCAAAUUAAUUCAUUUUAAUAUUGUCAAUAGGUGGAGUGAUUAAUGUGUACAAAUUUGACGCUGUAUGUGAUACAUGUAUUUUGUAUUCCUUUCAUCACAUAUUUUCCAGCUACCAUGUGAUAAUAUAAUAUGUGAAUAAUGUUAUAUAGUUUAUGACUAUUAAUUAAACAACUACACCAAAAUUUGAAAUGAGGUUUUAUCAAAAUUUGAUCAUGUUACAACUUACAAGACUUUUUUCACAUCAGAUUCAAAUAGACACAAUGUGUAAAGUGUACAUGGAAUGCUAAAUUGUAUAUAUUGAAGUAAAUGUGAAGCCAAGUUGUA